UUCCCGGAUAAGCUAACAGAAGGUCGACCAAAGUGUGAUAGCGUAACAAGCAAGAAUAUAUAAAUUGAAGUCAGUAGCAGAGGAUUUUUCAGCGCUGUUUUCUGAGUUGUUUUCUUUGGACUGUUGUAUUUAUUAAGAGUCUUUGUUAAAAUGCCAAGGGGAAGCAGAAGCCGAACUUCGAGGAUGGCUCCUCCAAGCUACUCAUCCCGCCCUGCGCCACCACCUCCACCUAUGGCCAGGGCAGCCCCUCCACCCUCCUACGCACCAGCUCCAGCUGCACCUUCUGCUGUGGCUGCUCCUGCUGCCGCUGCUCCCAGGCAGCCAGGCAUGUUUGCUCAGAUGGCAACCACUGCAGCUGGCGUGGCGGUCGGCUCUGCAGUGGGGCACACGCUAGGCCACGCUAUGACCGGCGGCUUCAGUGGUGGAGGAAGCUCUGAGGCUGCUAGACCUGAUGUCACCUAUCAGGAACCCUACCAGGCUCAGCCAACGUACCAGCAACCCAUGUAUCAGCAGCAACAGCCCAUGUAUCAGCAGGACCCAGCACAGCAGAGUCCCUGUGCAUAUGAACUGAAGCAGUUCAUUGAAUGUGCCCAGACUCAGAGUGACCUUAAGCUCUGUGAGGGAUUUAGUGAGGUCCUAAAACAGUGCAAGUUCUCCAACGGAUUAUCAUGAGCAGCAGAGGCGGGCGCUCACUACUGAACGUGUUUUCUCAACGUUCCAUCUCAAUGCAAUAAAUGUAGAAACACACAUUGCAGUGACCUAAGAAAUCAUAAUCAAACUUGAACAAUAAAGCGUUGUGUCUGAGA